UACUCGUUGCCUGUGUCGGUGAGUGUACCACUGAUGACGUCAUCGUCCUACAAGCAAGCCCUGGAGGCCAAGGAGAAGCUUCUGGGGCUGGCAGAUCAGAUGCUGGAGGAUGAACCUCAAUCUAUGUUUAUCGAGUCGUUGAAGCUGGCGGUGGAAGACCAGGACACGCGGCGGAACCACCUGCUGCUCUGCUCGUCAGCGCUAGUCCCCAAGGCGCUGGCCUCGCUGCUCACCUCCGCCGUGGUCCUGUCGCCCCUCUGGAAGCAGCGCUACGUCAGCGCGGACGGCCACAUCAGCGAGGAGGACCUGGACUGUGUACUGCUGGAGGUGCAGCGGCUGCAGCCGCCGUUCCUGGGCGGCCGGCGCCUCGUCAGGCGCGACGCCCAGGUGGCAGGGUACCGGCUGAGCCGCGGCCAGGCUGUCGUCUACGGCACGGCGGCGGCACACCGAGACCCAGCCGUGUUCCCCGCGCCCGACACGUUUGACCCGGAACGUUGGAGGACCAGUAACAAGAAUGACAGAGACAAGCUGUUCUGCUUUGGCGGAGGACCGCGAAACUGCAUUGGGGAGAAGAUGUACCAGCACAUUCUGAAGGAGGCGUGCCGCGCGUUCGUGGCCGAGUUCGACUGGCAGCUGCCGGAUACGUGGCGGCCGACCUGGAAGCACAUGCCGGUGUGCCGUCCCACCAACCUGCCGGAGCUGCGCCUGGCGCGCCGGGCCGGCGGCGAGCUCUGGCAGGACGCCAGCUGACCAGCCGGCACACGCAGGCACCAUGACGGAGGCCGGCCCACGGCGUCCCGUGACGGCCCGGCCCCGUGACGGCCGCAGCACGUCAGCCGAUGCACCACGCCGACAGCCUGGUGGUGUCGGGCGAUGUUGAGCGUCGGUCACAGAAACAACGAAACGUCGGAGGACGCCCGCAGCAAACGCGGCAUGCCGGAGUACACCCGCAGCAAACUCGUUACGUCGGAGGACGCCCGCAGCGAGCUCGGUACGUCGGAGGACGCCCGCAGCGAGCUCGGUACGUCAGAUGACGCCCGCAGAAAGCACGGUACGUCGGAGGACGCCCGCAGCAAGCUCGGUACGUCGUACAACACUUCGCACCAGUAGCAUUGUGAUCAGCCUUGG